UCGAGGAAUGUGUGUGCACCUUUGGCGAUAAAGGUCUGUCGUUGCUGGUAACAGUUUUUGAUAUAACCGUUUCAUAAACCCGUUUCAAAUAAUAUUGCGCUUUAAAAAAUCUGUUAUUUGAGAAUUAGUUACUGUUAACCUAUAUCAGUAUUCCAUAUCAGAUAAUUUUACGAAAGUAAUUUUCAAUAUUUAAAUCAUAUAUAAGUUUGAAAUUUAAAGUUUAAAACGACGUCAUCUAGUGGUAAUAUGUUUCGGUUGUUCAAAAUCACCAUUGCAAUUUUUGUUUCCUUUCUUAUGUCUAAUAAACGAAAAUGUUUAUUAACCAAAUUUCUCAAGGUUUUUCUUCGACUAGAAUUCCUAUAAUGAUUCAUCUACUCAAUGUCUAGACUGUUUCUCAGCUAUUGUUCUUAAGAUGUUUAAUUGUACUUUCUUUGAUCUGCCUUCAUCUUUGCUUAGGAUUUAUUUUUUUAGCUUUACUUUCUAGCCACUUUUUUCCUCGACAUUUUAAAUCCAUUGUAGUUCAAAGAUCGUUAAUCUGAUGUUAAUUCUGACUGAUGAAAAAAUUUCAGAUAAAAUAAAUCUUAGACUUAGUUAUGAUAGCGACAACAAAUUUUCGAAAGCUUAAUUAGAAACAUAUAAGAUCUUUGAUAAAUAAAACAUACCUUAAAAACUGUGAUUAUAAGAGUAAGAAAUUUUUGAAUUUAGUAAAUUUAACGAAAGUUUUACUGCCAAGCAUACUUUUUUGUAGUUUCUUGUCAUUAAAUGAUUAGUAUGAAAACUUGUAAACUUGAUGUUGGUAUGAAAUAAAAUUUCAAGGCUUAGAAUGUCAUUUUAAUAAAAUUUCUAUUCUAUUUAUUUAGAAAGAAAUCUUCUAUUGUUAAAGAAUUAAUGAAUUAAGAAUUAAUCUGUUUAUAAAUGAAUUAAGAAAUCGCAAAAAUUUUUAACAAUGAAGCAAAAGUGUUAAUCUUUGAGAUUAUCCUAAUUGUUAUGUAAUGUAACUGAAAAUUCGUUACUUAAAAGUAAUGUGCUAAAUUUCAUAUUCUUAAAGUAUUUUUCAAUUUGUUACGAUGUACUUAUUGACAAGAUAUCCUUCAACCCUACGACUUGUCGUCAUAUUCUACACCUCUGUCCUUUCUCUCUUUAAAUGAGCUUUGAGAAAAGCAAACAUUUUAAGACAUACUAAAGCUUUUCGUCUGACACUCUUCUGAGUAUAGAGCGCCAGAACAUGACUUAGAAAUAACUGAAGAUCUUAAGAGGUUUCAUCUACUUUCGUUCUUUAGGAAAUAUUACACACAUAUUUUUGUGCUUCGGUGCAAAAAUCACUCCUUCCCCCCUCCCCCGUUAUAGGUCAGAAGACUAAACCAAACAGCGAAUGUUAAAUGUAUCGAAUAAAAUUGUAUUUAGGAAUUCAAUUUAUUCAUGGCAGUCUACUUGGGAGGGUAUUUCUAAACACUUGUGCCUAAGGUGCUUAUAAGAUAAUGUAAAAAUACCUUCAGUGCGUAAUCAACCUCAAGUAAUCAAACAUUUGCUCUGGAAUUCAAAUUCAUGCACAAAGACAAUGGAAAAUCUUGGUCGAACCUGUUAUUUGUGAGCCAAUAAAACAGUGUUUGGGUUUGCUCGCAAAUAAUUUUUGCCCUAUCUACCUUGGAAAAUGCAUUUUUCUGUUUUAUGAACAUCAAAAGCAUUAUUUUAGACGAAAUUGUAUUUAAAUCUUAAUUUUAGGCUGUUAUUGGAUUAUAAAGCUAAAGCUAAGAUUUACAAAUACCCAAAUGAGUGGAUAGUGGAUACAAAGAGGUAUGAGAAAAGCCUUGGAUUUAUUGAACUAAAUGAUUUGUUUCUCGAGUAGUUUUUAAAGAAUUUUCAUGAUGAUAGCCCGAAGUCCAUCUCUAGUGCUAUGCAUUUUUGCUAUUUUUUCAUGUACUAGUGGUCAGUUACCCCCGUCUACAUCUUCUCCAAAAUGCAAGGUUCCAGCUGAUAUUGCAUUAGUUGUCGAUGCCUCACAAUCAGUUGAGUUAGGAGGUCGCAUAGCUGGAAUUCCAAAUUACUUCAAAACCGUUAUAGUUGAAGGACUAAAAACAGUAGUACAGUCAUUCGAUGUCUCUCCUAAAGACUCUCGGUUUGCUCUCAUGCUGUUUGGUGACAAAGUACCACUGCCUGUAUUUGACUUUAACAAAUACAAAACAGCAGCUGAAAUGGUCACCGAGAUCGACAAACUUCCAACGAAAAAUUAUAUCGAUACAUACACAGGCGUUGCUUUCAGGAAAGCAAAAAGCGAAUUUUUCGACAAAGCAACGAAGAGAGAAGACAAUGCUGCGAAAAUACUGGUUGUUAUUACAGAUGGAAAUCCUAGUGACCAAGCGGAUGCUGAUGCUGCUGCGGAGGAGAUAAAGAAGGCUGGUAUCAAAAUCCUUCUUGUAGCCGUUGGCAAUGGUAUCAGUGACGAAAACAUGAACAAAUGGGCCAGUGAUCCUUCGUUUAAUUUGAGAUCUCAAUUCAAAACACUGGCAAACGAAGUCGGUAAAAUUGCUGAUGUUGUUUGCAAGGCAAGCAAGCAAGCUCACGCCCAAUGCCCUGCUAAGUUCCAAGGGGCCUACUACUGUUGGACAUUUGAAUCAGCCAAUGAAUUGAGACAAACGAAAGAAUCUUUGAAGAACAAAGUUGGAGUCUUGAACCAGAAAGCGAAAAUCAGUCAAACCACAAGCCAUGGGCUGGUGUUGGACUUGACAACAACUGGAGCUACAGCUGAUCUUGGUGGCUAUACCGGUGAAUGUGUUUCUGAUCCUGACAAAUGUUCCGAGGGUAUCACCGUCAUGUUUUGGAUCAAGAUGACAGCCAUAAAUAUAAAUACAAACCUACAAGGUGGCAAUACCCAUCAGUAUAUAAUAUCAACGGGUGGACAGAGAAGAGAUUCACGUGGAUUCGCCUUCUUGUACCAGAAAGAUGCCCAGUUCACUGGAUUUAAACUGCAGCUUCAAACAUCAACAGCUGAUUACGUCAUCCAACUGAGCAGCAUCCCAGAGAGUUGGUUUGCGGUUACGUUUACGUUCAAAGAAGGGGCCGGUGCAAACGAUGGGCUCGUCUAUUAUCAAAACGGUAUAAAAACUGGAACUGGAACGAAAAUAGCUGGAACAUAUUCAUCUGACUCCGUGACGAAGAUGACACUCGGCAAACCUAACAGAGGGGAGCAGUUCUUUGGAUCAUUUAAGAUAAACAAUUUGGUUGUUUGGUACAAGGCUUUGACCCCAGAACAAAUCAUCACGGUGAUAACUGGAAACCCUCCUCCUCCGCAACCAGUAUCUCCACCAAAAGGGUUUUCUGGUGGUGCUUGUGGCGUUGGAUAUGAAAAUGCAAAAUACUGUUAUCCUUUUGACAAUAUUUUCAAAACUUCAUCCGGUGAUGUUUCACCUGAAGUCAUUAGCAGCAAAAAGAACGCAGAGCUUAAGGCCGGUGCUGUUAUUACUUCUGGUGAGCCAAGGGGAAAAUAUGUUUCUCUCAUAACGACUGCCAAAAGCUGGGUAAACGUUGGUGAUUUCAAAAGUGAAUGUGCUAGCGAUAUAAGUUUGUGUACUGAUGGUAUAACAGUGAUGUUUUGGUUGCGUAUACAGCCAAAUGACAUUGCUAAGAAUACAGAGAAUCACCAAUACAUCAUCUCUAGUGGAGGUCAAGUCAGCUCGUCACGUGGAUUCGCGUUCUUGUAUGCAAAAGAGGAAUCCAAAUUCAAAUUGCAGCUACAAACAACCACUGCUGUGUAUCGAACAGCUUUGACGAAUAUCCCUGAAACAUGGUUUCACUUUGCAUUCACUUUCAAAGAAGGUGUCGGCUUGACGUAUUUCCAAAAUGGCGAAGUCGUUGCCACUGUCAGCUCAGAAAAAGCUUCCUACCCUCUCGAUACUUACACAAGUCUUACGAUUGGGAAACCAAACCACAAAGACAGCCUUUUUGGAAGUUUUCUUUUGGAUCAUUUGGUUAUCUUUUACAAAACAGUUACAACCGAAGACUUGAAAACGAUCUUGCAAGUCGCAACAACAUCUGCUCCUCCAUCAUCGGCAGCUCCCCCGCCAUCACCAGCUCCUUCCACUGCUGCGCCUCUCCCCGUCUCACCAACAGCUGCAGCUGUGACAACAGCAGGACCAACUAUUCCACCCGAGAUAACCACAAAAGCUGGCCAAACUCCAGUUUUAACGACCCCCAAACCCAUUACAACCAAAGCACCAAUUGGCACUGUGGAGCCAACAACAGCUGCUCCUAAACCAACAGUACCUGGCGGAAAAUGUAAUGCCAAAGUCGAUCUCGCUAUCGUGAUUGACAAUUCUGGUUCAAUCGAGGCCAAAAACCGAGAUGGGUUUUUCAGCCGGGUGAAAACAUUUGCCAAGCAUGUGUACCGGUCAUUCCAAGUGGGAACCGGGGCAGACAUUGCUGUAGUCGAAGCUGGCACUGAUCCGAAAGUAAUUUUCAAUUUCGGAACAUACAAAGACGUGCUAAGCAUGGACUCUGCCGUCAACCAAAUCGAGCACAAGAAACAAAGAUCCUUGUUAGGCAAGGCUCUUGAUGUCGUGCGAUCCGAAGUUAUGACCAAGGUCAUUUGCAAGUCAUCUCUGAAGGCUGUUGUCAUAAUCACUGAUGGCUACAGCUCCGACGACGUCACCCUACCAUCGAUUGAACUACGAGACAUGGGUGUAACGGUUGUAAGCGUUGGUUUUGGAGAAGAGACUGCCUACAUGAAAUACGCCUUGGAAGCCAUGGCAUCUGAUCCUAAGGAUCAACAUCGACUCAUAUUUGACUAUGGAGAUCUCAUGGAAGGUGUUAGUCAAGUAACUGCUGUCAUCUGUCAGGCUGCUGGAGAUCAAUCAAGCCCAUUCAGCAUCGAUGAGAGCAAACCCAUCACUGAAGAGGUGAGCCUCAGUUUCAAGAUGCUGUUCUUAGAAGAGGCUAACAAAUAUCGUAGGAUGCACAGUGGUGUUCCGUUGAUUUGGUCUUACUCCCUCAUGACGAAAGCACAGAAAUGGGCAGAGUAUCUUGUGAAAGAGAAGAAGGUCAUGCACAUGCCCAAGGUGAAGUUUGGCCAGGCCCUGUUUGUGGCAAAUAUAUCCGAUGUCUCGAUUGCUCAAAUCAGUGUCCGAACCUGGUAUAACCAGAUAAUUAAUUACGAUUUCCAGCGACCGAAGAUAAAUAAUCAGAACCGGUAUUUCAUUCAGCUCGUAUGGCGAGGAACAGCUGAGGUCGGUGUAGGCAAAUUCACUGAUCCUGCUAGCCCUGGAAUGACAUACGUAGUCGCGUUCUUUAAUCCAGCAGGGGACACCGAAGACUCCAUACAGUACAACGUAUUGCCAGUUACAGGUUCUGCUGUCACUGCUGCUACUACAGAUUUAGCGUUGCAAAUUGCAGGCUCGUGUCCAGAAGGAUUCCAGGCUAACGGCGCCUAUUGCUACAAGUUAUAUACGGAAUCAAUGACUUGGGUGAAAGCUGUUGAGCACUGUAACGAUUUGAAGGCCUCUUUAGUCUCUGUGGCACGUGAUGAAGAACACUAUUUCCUGACUCAGCUAUUGCAAACCAACACUGUUCCCCAAGCUUGGAUUGGCCUAAAUGAUCGCAUCACUGAAGGUUCAUUCACAUGGGUUGAUGGCAUGCCAUUGUCGUUCAAUGGUUGGUUAUCAGCACCUUCAGGAGCAGGAGUAAAGGACUGCGUUCAGUUCAACGCUCAGAAAGGAUGGAUUGAUAAUAAUUGUGAUGUCAUUCAGCCAUUUGUUUGCAAGGCUCUAAGACCAGGUGACGUCAUUUUCAUGAUUACAUUGCACUACCCAACGGAACCCUGGUCCCAAGACCUCGUCUACGGCUCAAGUGCUGCUGCAGUUUCCGUUAUCCAGCGGGUUGAAAGACUUAUUAUGAACAUCUAUGGGACAAAAGAUUGGUUCCUAAGCUUUACUGUGAAGGACUUCAGAGGUCACGUGAGUGUGUUGAUUGACAUUGAAAUGCGUUUUGGUCCUGGUGCCCCAAUUGACCCUCUGGUACCCCUUAAGAAUGUCACAUACACGGAAGAAUGUGAAGGAUACAUUUGUGAUCUCAUUGAUAUACAGAUUAUUCCAGCGAUGAACGUGACGUAUAACAAUACACAAUGCCAGCCGAGCUGCUAUUCACAAUGCUCCUCCAGCUGUGAUCCAGUCUGUUGCUCGCCAGAUAACUACCAAACAUACUACACGUACGAAAUUGUCCCACCAGCUUCAUCAAAGCCUGCCCUACCACCUCCACCACCACCACCUCCUCCUCCCCCACCGCCACCACCACCGCCGCCUCCACCACCCCCUCCUCCUCCGCCACCACCUCCCCCACCUCCACCUUAUUCUCCUCCCCCUGAAAGCUACUGUCCACAGAUAUGUGGUCAAAGAUGUUUGCCUUCAUGUCCUAGAACAUGUUGUACACAAUACAGCUAUAUGAUUCAAUAUGGCGGACGUUAAUACUGUGUAAUAGCUAGCUGAUCAAGAAGGACUCCAAGUAUUAGCUGGUUUGCUAUGCAAACUGUGUACAGAGAGCUUUUGUAAAUGCUGCAUCGUACUUUAGCCUGGAUUUCAGGCCAACAACUUUUCUAAUGCUUGGACAAUGUUUUCACUACAAUGUUGAAUUCCUUGUUAUCCCAUUUUGUUGCACUGCAUCGUGAAUAGUGUUACAGUCGAUGCCAAAACUAUUGUCUGAAGAUGAAAGUCAUUCUUUGAUAUUUUAGUACAAGUUAUUUCAGCUAAGCAGCUUUUCUUAGCAUUUCGAGUGCUAAUGAUUUCUUUGAUUGAUUUAAAACCACCUCAUAUUAAUUUUAUUUGCCCCUUGUUGCGCUAUUAAAGUGUCACUUAUACAAGCCCUAUGUUGUGUUACUGUUAGCAUCAAAGUCCAAAAGCAGAAGGUUUUAUUUUGCUUCAGUGCAAAUACCAGUGGUAAUCCCCCGUCGAAGAUCCCUUUUGCGAUAUGCAGCUUGCAUAUUUCAAAAUAUUGUACAUUGCGUUGCAUAGUCGAAUUCUGUAGCUUCAUGGAGUUUUAAUCUAAAAGAGAGAAACUGUGGUUUUCGAUUCCCUGGAACAAAUUAUAGUUUCUAAAUAUCAUUUUAUCUCAGCUCUAAACAUGAAACUUUUUGAAUACAAGAAAAAAGGAGCAGCAUGUUAUAAUAACAUUCCUAAAUCAAACUUGUCAUCACGAUACACUUGAAGCAUACACUCUAUUUUAAAUGUGUUAUAUAAUGUAUAGUUAUUAAAACUAUCCACCAUUGAAAUAAUAAACAAAGAUUAAUGUAACAGGAAAUGCUGCAUAAAGGACCAAAUGUUAAACUAUGAGCUAAUAUUUGCAAAUAAUAGAUAAUAUAUGAUAAUUUUCGUAUCGAAAAGCAUUACUUUAUUUUUUAACUAAGAAGAAUUUAGUUUCUGUUUGUUAAUGAACUUAAUUGAUUAAUUAAAAAACGCCUUUUUUCUCUGUCAAAAUUUUAUUCUGCUUUCAAGCUCGUUUUUCUUCAUGUUUUGAUUAGUGGCACAAAGUACUGCAAUAAGAAUUUUUAUAGUCCAACGGCCAAAAUUGUAACUUUUUGGUUCUGUUUAAUGUGU